GAAAGAAAACAAGGGUGUUGAAGUCGACUUGCAAAUGAGGGAUCCAAAAAAGAAUGACAAGCGAGACGAUGGCAAUUGCACUAGUAGUGGCUGGUCAAUAGAGGGCGCCUGUGGUCACUGCGUUACUUUCCUUGAAGACAAAACAAAAUGAGGAUAGAAGAUGAGGUACAAAUUCUUCAGGAUGCAACUCAGACAAAUCCAGGAAGGGGCCAUUAAUCACGCUCUAAAUGUUUGCCGGGUGGGAAUCCGCCGAGCUGUCGGACGAUGACGACAUGAGCGUGGACAAAGUUAGAAGUUUCCAGCGUGGCGGUCACACGAAUGGCAAACUGAAGAGCAGUCCUCCGCAUUCGCAUCUCCAGUUCCAGGACAGCGCUUUGUCUCCGACGCUUGCCCUGUUGCCAGCGAACCGCGCCGGAGAAGCCAGCGUGGCAGAAUACUCCUUAUUCCAAAAAAGCGAUGCAGAAUUUCUGCCUCUAAGCGCUUGUCCCGACUUUUCUGCGGGACACGAGUCUGAUGAGGGCUCUCUGUCGCAGCGCCCUUUGGCCCAAGAGAGCGCGACCUCCGAGGGCGAGCUCACUUUCACGCCGCAGAAAGUCCACGCGGUCGGCGAGGCUGCCGAUGUCGGUCACAUCGCCUCCGGCUCUCGCGACACGCAACCGGACGCCGCCAGCGAGCUGUUGUACCGACAGCUGCUGUCCCAGAGCAACAAAUCCACGGCGGAAACGUCCAAAGGCGAGACGAGCGCGCCGAGAUGCCGGCGCGACGGCGCGGAAGAGUCUUACCUCGGUUUCCUGCCGCACUCCCGGUCCACGCCGGGGUUUCUAGAGCUCCCGUCCAAGUCCGCCGUCACCUCGAGGACUCUCUCCGUCAUCCCCUCCAGCGACGAGCGUUCCCAACAAGUUCACGACGGGAACCCCUGCAGCGAAGUGAUGCUGAGUUCCAACGCGACGGCGAAUUCCGAGGCGGGCGCGUCACUGUUAGCGUCCUCUUCUGUCGUCAGCUCGGAGGUCGAGAACUACGCCGCCUACUGGACCUCCAAACCCACUUCGCCAGCCGAACAGGCAGACCUCAACAUCGAAGAGAGGAUUCCGCUGUAUCUCCAAAACCUCGGCAUUGACCAAUCGCCCGCCGACAUCUUGACCGCGUUUGCGCCCAGGGGACCAAUCAGGGAGCCGGAAUUCUCCCCCAGCGAUCUCAGCACCAUCAAGGAUUCUCCGGGACGCACGCCCACGAAGUCGUCCGAAGCCGGCAGCCCUCCAAAAGGAGAGUUGACGGACUCCGCUACGUCGCUCCCUUCCAGCCGGGGCAGUCUUCCGGUCGCCACCCGCCGUCCUCCCGCCCUCCCGAAUCCCCGCUCGGCCGAGAGUUCAAGUAACCGAGCUCGCUCCUCGCCGUUCGCGGUCCGGUCGUCGUCUGGCUCGGAGAAAGCGGCAGAAGGUCCCGCGUGCGUGAGCUCGUCGGCAAAGCUCACCGUCGCGCCGCCCGCUGUCGAGAUCGGGGAUACGGCGUCGCCCCGGCGGGCCGAGCCGGAAGGCUGCAGCGCCGCCCCUCGGUCGCCCAUUGCCGUCGGACCGCCGCCGGCCGCGGACGAGCGGGAGCCCGCCUCGCUUCCCGCGCAUCCUUCGGACGCGUCGGACGAGGAGGUGUCGCUUCCGGACGGUCUCGUGCCGGUCCCGGAGGACCCGGAGGAUCGAUCGGCGAUGAGCGACGGGAGCGGUCGGAGUUCGCUGACCGUCCGGGUGGCCGAGCUGCUGCGGGGCGGAUCCCCUGCCGCCGGCGUCUCGGACCGCGACCUCCCGAAACACAAAAAGAGCUUCAUCUUGAAGCUGUCGGAAGGCCAUUUUGACUCGCUGGAGUUGGACGAAGAAGAUCGGCGACGCAUCGAAGAGAUCAAGGCGGCGAUGCUCUCGAACAACUUUGUGACGAGCGAGAGCAGCACGGACACGGAGACCACGGCGGCGUCCGGCGCGUCGCGGCCCCUCUCGGACCUGGCGGGCGCGUGGACACCCGUCCUUCCCGGAGCCGAGCGCACCUACCUGGAUGCUCGCGAGAUCGCCGGCGUUGACGUCAAGGCGCACACGUCCAUCACGAUCGCCGCCCGUAAGCGCCCCGCCCCCGCCGCCUCCUCGCUGCCGCCCGAGCCCCUCCUGCACGCCCAGCUGGAUGCAGGGUUUGUACGCAAGAAUCCUGCGGCUGGGAAGUCGUCAGAGGAGGAAGGAGGAAGCCAGAACGCCACACGCGCGGACUCGGCCGGUCGCCCGGAGGAGACGUCGCGCCCCCGUCACGUCGCCGAGGACAGCACUAUCCCGUUCGCUCAAGUGUCACGCGCCCACCUCACCCUCUCGCCGAAGCCCCCCGAGCGAGCCCCCCGCGCUUCGACCUCCUCGUCGUCAUCCUUGUCGUCUUCGCGGCCGACGGCGGAGCCCGCCGCCCACGGGUUCGUCCCGCUGAGUCGCUCCUCGCCCGUCGUCAGCGGCACGGACGAGGGCGUCGACCCGUCCGGCCCCCCGCCCCAGUGGGACGGACGCGGAUGGCCCGCAUCUGCUCUAGCUCCUCCCCCUACCCCCCCUCAUCAUCAUCAUCAUCCUCAUCAUCAGUCUGUCACUGGCAGCACCAUGAGGAGCUACACACCGGAAACUCCAGUAAGGGACGAGGAGUGCGCGGCGCGGGCACCGCCGCCCGCGCUGCGUCCGUACAAACCUCGCGGCGCCAGCGAGCUCUUCUUCUUGCCUCACGCCGAAGCCGACGCGUCGUCCUCGUGCACCACCGUGGAGAGCUCGCACACGGGUCUGGACGACGCGGUCCCGCCGCAGUUCCCCGCCGGGGUUCUGGGCCAGACGGACCCGGGCCUGGACCGCGGCGUCACCAUCAAGCACGCCGAGGGCAUCUACAGCAAGAAGCGCGCCAACGCGCUGCCGCGCUCAGGUGGCGCUGUGGCGUCGGAUGAAAGAUUUCCUCAAGCGAGCCAGCGUGACGCCUCCGCAAUGGAGCGCCUCAGGUCGGGAGGCGGAGUUACGCGGGAAGCGGACCGAUGGCCGCUGGCGCCCUCGGACAGGGAGGCGUGGCUACUGGAGCAGCUGCAGCGCCUGUCUGAUCUCAUCCUCACCACCGGGGGCGCUGACGCGCCACCCGCCAGGACUGAAUUCGGCCAGACACGGGCGCGCACGCGGCAGCCUCACGCCACCGCGUGCGUUCUUUGUCCCGCUGACAGAGACGAGUCGAGCGCCACGUCGUCCACGCUGGACACGGACCGCCUGGUGCGGGCGUUCGGCGCCCGCCGCAUCCUGAGCGCCAAGACGCCCAAGAGCUCCGCCAAGAGCGCCGCCCGCCUCCACAAACUCUACGGCGAAGUGGCCAAGCAGAGGGCGCAGUGGGAGGGGCGGAGCUUCAACACGCCGCCGCCGUCGGACACCACCCUCACCGAGACGUCCAACGCGACUGGCGAGUCGUCGUCGACGGGCUCGUCGUACACCGCGACGCCGCAGCCCAGAACCUCCAAGAAGCCGCUCAGCAGAGGCCUCCAAGCAGUUGAUGUGGAGAUCGUGUGCAACGCGACGCGCCUUCGCACCAGAGACGUGGGAACCAUGUUCCCGCCGGCGGGACGAGCGGUCAAAGGUCAGGUGAGCUCCCUCAAGCACAAGAAGCCGCGCGCCCCACCGAAGCUCCCCAAAGCGGUGUGGUGGUUCGUCCCGUUGGACGACGACUCCAAGGAGAACCGGCCCGAGGAAGAAGCGGCGCUAGAGGGACUACAGGAGCCGGACGAGCCGGAGGCUCCGAAACCCGGGCCGAGUACGGUGUGGUACGACAAAACGGCCAGAGAACCACUCGGAUCGCGACAAGUUGACGACGACGACAUUGUACAUUUUGCGUCCUCCAAAAGCGGCCAUCAAGUCCCUUCUCUGCAGGAAGCUCUGGCCACGCGACGGGCCGACUUCAUAUCGCGCUCGCGUCGACGGGUUCAAAUCUUGCGUGGGAGGAAGAUGAACGGAGGCAGGCUGCCAGGCGGCGGCGUGCCGAGGAGGGCGGUGCCCCGGAAGGAAAUGAUCCAGCGGACCAAACGGAUGUACGAAAGGCUUCCGGAGGUUCUGCGCAAGCUGGAAGCAGACCGAAGGGAAGCGCAAAACCAACUGAACCAACUCAAUCUUCAGAUUUACAACAAGAGAAUCACCAAACGUCGCCUGGACAACCGCAAUGCUGUCGGACACGAAAAGCUUUGGUGAAUUCAUCCCUGGACUUUUUUAUUAAUAAUUUUUAAAUGUAGCACUGAAAUCAGGUUGGACAUUUUGUUUUAAUGGUUAUAAUAAAAUAGGUCACAAAGAAUUUUUUUCAAAAUUAAACAUGGGUUGACAAGCCACA